GUGUGUGCUAUCCGGGAGGAGGCUGGGGCAGCUCUCUCUGCCAGGGGACAGUAAGGAGGCAUUGUCUGUACCCCACAUGGGGGGGCAUGGGUUUACAUGUUACCCCUCACCCCUGGAAAUCCAGCCGGAAGCAGGGGGAAGCGUCCAUAGCAACGCCAUAGAGAGCCAGCCCUCCUGUACAGUAACAGUCAGAGAAGUUCCUUUACAAUAUAAGCCUUAGUUUUACUUAGUAAAAUGAAGGUCCUCUCAGAAGCUUGUAAUGAAUCUGACGCUGAAUCUGGGGAUGAUGACGAAGGGGACGAAGAAGCUGUCUCAGGUGACUCUGAUACCGAUAACGAGAACCUGGAAAUAAAGUUCAUAAAGAUGCAAGAUCCUCAAUCAGACACUGUGGGCCUUGGACAAGAACCUCUUGAUUUUCCAGAAAACGAGGGUCUCGUUGAACUGGAUGGUAUACUGAAAGAAAAUAACAUGGAUUUGAACACACCAGUAGCAGAUCCAGCAGUAGAUCCACCCAAAAAGAAAAAGAAGAAAAAACGCAGGUCCCUUGGUAUCAACUUAGCAAACUGCAAGUAUGAAAGUGUGCGUCGAGCUGUUCGUAAGUGUGGAUUCAAGGAGGUUGGAGAUGACGAAGAAUGGACCGUUUUUUGGACAGACUGCUCUGUGUCACUGGAACGUGUAAUGGAUAUGAAAAGAUUUCAGAAAAUAAACCACUUUCCAGGAAUGAGCGAGAUAUGCAGGAAGGACUUACUGGCAAGGAAUAUGAACCGACUCUUAAAGCUUUUCCCUAAAGAGUACAAUAUUUUUCCACGGACAUGGUGCUUGCCUGCUGAUUUCGGUGACUUGCAGGCCUACUGCCGCACAAAGAAAAACAAGACCUAUAUUUGCAAGCCUGACAGUGGCUGCCAAGGUCGCGGGAUUUUUUUAUCCCGCAAUCUGAAAGACAUUAAACACAGUGAUCACAUGAUCUGUCAACAGUACGUUUCUAAGCCAUUCCUCAUAGAUGGAUAUAAGUUUGAUCUGAGAAUAUAUGUCCUUGUCACAUCUUGUGAACCUCUGCGUAUUUUUAUCUACAAUGAGGGCCUGGCCCGUUUUGCAACCAUGAAUUAUACAGAUCCCAGCAACAAUAACCUGGAUGAUGUCUGUAUGCAUCUCACCAAUUACGCAAUCAACAAAAACAAUGACAACUUUAUCAGAGAUGAUGUAACGGGAAGUAAAAGAAAACUGUCAACACUAAACAGCUGGUUGGAAAAAAACUGUUAUGACACGAGCAAACUUUGGGGAGAUAUUGAAGAUGUUAUCAUUAAGACUCUUGUUUCCGCCCACCCAAUUUUGAAGCACAACUAUCGAACUUGCUUCCCAAACCAUGUUGCUGGCAGUGCCUGCUUUGAAAUUCUGGGAUUUGACAUCCUUCUGGAUAAAAAGUUAAAACCAUGGCUACUAGAGGUCAAUCACUCCCCAAGUUUUACUACAGACUCACGCUUAGAUCGAGAAGUCAAAGAUGCACUUUUGCAAGAUACCCUUAAUUUGAUUAACUUGAAUGCCUGUGACAAACGGAAAGUUAUUGAGGAAGAGAAACGCAGAGUCAAAGAACGUUUACUCCAGAAGAACCCACCUAAGGAAAUGAGGCGUGAGCAGUUGGAAAGCACCCAGGCUGCUUGGUUGGAGCAAGUGGAAAAGUAUGAAGCCAACCACCUGGGAGGCUAUCGUCGCAUUUUCCCCAGAGCCAAUGGAGAUGAAUAUGAUAAGUACUUCAGGCACAGUGGGUCUUUGUUCCAGGAAACAGCUGCUUCAAAAGCCAGAGAAGAGUGUGCCAGGCAGCAACUCGAGGAGCUUCGUCUGAAACAAGAGCAGAAGGGAAUGCUUAUUAGAAGGAACAAAAAAGAGAAUAAGGACCAUCUGCAAGGAGAGUCAGCAGGUGAAAAGCCUAUGAAGUACAAAGUAACAAGGAGGCCAUCAACCCGACCUGUGUCUAACAGCUCCAGAAAUUCAGAACAAAAGCUACACUGGAUGAAAAGUGAUUCCAUGAAACCACUAGAUAUUGAUGAACAAGAAGAAAUGGAGAGAUUGAAUGGUCUUCGGCAGAGAGAGAAUCUCGUACGUGACCUUGGUAUAGUGGAUUAUGUGUCAAGACUGAUGAGUAUCGUGGUUCCCAAAUCUGCUGACCACCAAAGAUCUCACUACAGCUUUCCUGAAACUCAAACGAAUAAUAAAUCGACAUUCUUGUGCCAGGACUCUGAAGAUAUGAGCUCUGUGCCCAUGACCUACAUGGGCGAGAGAGUGGCAGAGACAGGGGUGCAAGCUGCUACUGAUGCCAUAUCUAAUCACAUACCUUAUGGAAAUAAAGCAUAUCUUCCUAGCUUUCCUUGGUCAGGAGGAGGUGCACCUUCUUCAGCACAGUAUGCAGUGAGGAAAUAUGGUCCCCAGAAAGCCAUGAUCUGGAAAGGAGCUCAAAAUGUUUGGCCAGCACUUGCUGCCAAUGAGCCACUUUCAUUUGCCAAACCACCAAAAGGUGUGAGCCAAAUACGAUUCAACAGUGCCAAAAACAAGAGUGAGCAGAAAGGUGCAACUAACAAUAAACCAGCUCGCCUCAUUGGUGCUUCUUCUGGAUCCCUGAACACCCUACCCCAUGGUGGGAAAUGUCCACACAUGCCUACAAAUGGUUGUUUACUACCUGUAGUGAUUGGAACCCAAAUUCCAGAUCGGUCAUUAUUCAUUGCACCAACUUCUGCUCCCAUUGCACAUCGCACAGAUCACUCACGUCAGAAUCCUCUGGGUAUCGUCAAUUUGAAAAUAAACUGGUAAUUAUCUGUUUCCUCCGGACCUGAUUUCAUGCAUCAAAUAAAAUUCAGUUUCUGUUUAAGGAAA